AUGGAGUCGGAAGGCGUGUUCACCGAUAUUUUCCCGGCGGAAUGGGCUGCCGACCCGGAUUUCUGCGAAUAUCUCCAAGAACUCAGCGGCUAUCCUCUCGCUACUCUGAAAAAAGAACCAGAACGGCUGGCCGAAGCGCGCGAAGAAAAUCAAAAUCAAACGCAAGAACUCGCGUUUAAGAAUUACAAGACUUUCAUUCAAACGGCAGACUGCACGAGAGACGUUUUCUCAGAAUUUUCAACUGUUGAAGGAAGACUCGAAAAUCUCCUGGAGCAUCUUCCUGGCGCAAUUGACAACUGCAAUGCUUUCCACGAAAAAGUCUCGACAAUUUCCCACGAUCGCAAAAUGAACAACUUGACGAAAUUGCGCUACACCGAGCUUCUAGAGCUUCUGGAAGUACCUCAGCUUGUCGACACAACCGUCAGAAAUGGCUACUACGAAGAAGCGCUCGAACUUAUCGAGUUUAUCCGAAAACUUGAACGGAAAUUUUCUCAUAUUGAAAUCAUCGCUAAUAUCGUUCGCGCUGUCAAGGCAUCGUCUCAUCUUUUGCUCAAUCAUCUUCUUUCACAACUCAAGACAAAUGUUCAACUCCCCGCCUGUCUUCGAAUCAUCAGCUAUCUGCGCCGAAUGAACUGUUUCUCCGAAGCCGAGUUGCGAAUCAAGUUCCUCCAAGCGCGCGACUUCUGGCUCCAAACAAAUCUGAAAGCGAUUCCUGACAACGAUCCUCACACGCACAUAACAAAAACUAUCGAAGCUUGCAGAGUGCACAUGUUCGACAUUAUUACUCAAUACAGGGCAAUCUUUUCGGAUGAUCAUAGUGGCGAGGGAACUCAGUCCUUGCUCUUCCACUCCUGGGUCGUUCGAAAAGUCAACGAGUUCCUGGAAGUGCUGAAGACCGACUUGGAUCGCGGCUGCGCUUCUCACCUAGAAGCAAUUCUAGCGCAGUCCAUGUACUUUGGGCUCUCUUUCUCGCGCGUCGGCGCUGAUUUCCGCCCCCUACUGAUGCCAAUUUUCAUGGACGCAGCAGAAAAGUACUUUGACGAUCAAAUUUCAAAAGCAGAACAGGACUUUCUCCAUUACAUGGCGCAUUUUCAACUGGCGGAAUCGGUGUCGCUCUUUUCGACGCCAAUUGCUUCGGGUGGCAUCGGAAUUUCCUUGCAACCGCCGACCUCGUUGUUAGAGUUCAUUCCAUUAGCCGUCCUGGCGAACGGAUGCCAAACUGCAUUUUCCAACCUAAGACUGUGCUGCCCGAUCGCAUUAGCGCCCAAGGUCAAAGGUCGGCUCAAAAGAAUGGCGAAUGCAGUAAUCGAGCGGAUUAUCCAACUCCAUCGCGCCGAAGCUGUCUCUUUUACCAGUCGCGAAAAGGAGUCAUUUACGAAACUCUGCUCCACCGUCAUCAGCGAGUUCUUGCCAUUUAUCAACACUUGCUUGUCAAAUCUCUUCCCGGCGGCCACUCUCGCUGCGAGUUUAGGAAUUCCCGUCCGAGAAUCUGUUGAAAUUUACUCUUUGGACGUAGCAACGAUCUGCAAAAGACUCCAACAGCAUGUCCCUACAGAAGAAGACAGUACGACUGAAGUUCAAACAAAACCGAAAGAAGAGAAAAUUCCAGAAACCGCGAUCACAGAAAAUGGCGAUUCGCAGCAGACACCAGAACUAGCUCAAGAAAACCAACUAGACGAAUCAAAGCAAGAGGAAAAAUCAGAGGAAGCUCAAGGAAAGGAUAACUAA